AGGGUCUGAAAGAAACCUGAUCAAUUUCUAGGGUUUUCUUUCUUCGUUAAUUUUCUGCGUGCCGCAAGAAGGCGAUGAAGAAAAAUACAAAAUGUAUAAUAAAGAACGAAUUCAGAUGCGAAGAUCUCUACGAAGAGGCUUGGAUGGAGUUCAUGGCUCUAAAAACCUGUCUGGUUCUAGGACUGGCGACGACGUCACAGGUUUCUCUUCUUCAAAUUCGACCACAGACUCUGAUGUGAACCAAGUGAAAAGAGUAAGGUUUGCAUCUCCUGGUACUGUUUUUCCCCUCAGAGACAAGCAUGAUGUGUUACAUGCCGAGGGAGCUUACACACCAAGAUCUAAUGGUCCUAAAACUUCUGAGUAUGCUUUUUAUAAGAAAAUAAGAGAAGCUGCUGGCAAAAAUCUCUGUUGUCAUAAACAGGAAUACCACUUGAAGAAGUUUGAAUCAAGUAACUGUACUGAAGAUUUGGCAAAUGUGGUCAAACACAAUUGUGAGGAGAUAAGACCUCUAUUGUCCAUUGAGAAGUCUACAUCCAUUGAUCUCAGGAAAUCCUUUUCACUGAUUGGAGUCUCAAAGGAUUCAGGACCUCAGUACAGGUACAAAGAAGUAUUUAUGAGAAAGAGACAAAAAUUAUGUCAGUUAGCUGCAGAAGCAUUAGCUCUGGAGGCUGAUGAGUGCUGUUCAAAGGGGUAUGAUCUGGUUUCAGUGCUACUUCAGCGGCUGGUCCCUUCAAGCAAACCAAGCCAAAGUUGCAAGGUUCAAAGUCUAAAUCACGUGGAGUUGGACAACAGACAUCAGUUGCUUGAUUCUCAUGACUUGGAUAUCCACUUCAAGGAACAGUCAAAGGAUCCAACUAUAAAUCAAAUGGAACCUAUAGCUCAGCAAUACUUGGAUGAAGGUUUAUUGGAUUGUUGGUCCAAGCAAUCCAGAGAGGUCAUCCCUUCACCGUAUGACAAAGUGGAUUGUGAUUCUCUUUCAAAUGUGUCUGCAAAUGAAAUUCUUCUUCAGUGCAAGCAUGGUCAACCUAGUUUCAUUUUAGAUGUUGGGAAAAAUACGGUUUUGCACACCAAGAAAGAACCAGAUUUUGGUAUUGAUCCAGGUAAUACAUUGGAUCGGUUGUUGGAGCCAUCCAAAUUUGAGCACUCUGCUUGUGAAAACUUUUCUUCUAAUUGGCACUUCUGGAAACAGUCACCUGGCCCAAUUCAGAAGUUCAGUUCCCAAGAGCUGGAUGAACUAUAUGCUCUAAAUGAACCUACAGUAGGAACAAAACAGAGUACAAAAUUCCUGGGUAAAGAAUUAUCAGUCACAAAUUAUGGAUGUGUCACACUGGAUCAGUUGUUGGAGCCAUCCAAAUUUGAGCACUCUGCUUGUGAAAGCUUUUCUUCUCAUUGGCACCUCUGGAAACAGUCACCUGGCCCAGUUCACAAGUUAAGUUCCAAAGUUCUUGAUGAACUCUAUGCUCUAAAUGAACCUACAGUAGGAAUACAGCAAAAUACAAAAUUUCUGGGUUGGGAUGACAAGGAUAUGAAAAACAAAGCAGUUUUGUCUUCUAUUUCUCAUGAUAUGAUGGAAGACCUAAGUCCAACUAGGACAACUUCAUUUGGAGAUGAUCAGCAGUGUACUUUGAACAGUAACUUUGACACAAAUUCUUUACAGAUUAAGCAGAAAUCUUUCUCUACCAUGCAACUGGAAUGGUACAAUGACUCUUCAUCUAUCCUUGCCAUUGAUUGCUCCCCAAAAAUCAGUUUAUGGCCAUACUUCCUUUCAGAAAGUCAUCCCAAAGAAAGACAGUUUCCAGAUGAAAAAGAUUAUUCAGUUGCAAUGCCAAAUCAUUUUCUGAUGUCCUUGUGUUCUGAAAAUUAUCUUGCUCAAGACUGCAAGGGCAGCAUUCUCUUGAAUCCUAUGAUGAGUGAAGUAUUCAAAGAAAAGCUUUAUCCAAAUGCCGAUACUUUGCUACAUUCUGGUCUCAAUUUAGAUGUCAAAUGGAAGAACCUUUCAAUUACUGAUUUCUUUAGAAAAAAUCAGUUAUCAAACAAUCCUGAUGUCCAAUUUGUUGGGAAGGAAACAGAAGGUUUAUCUUCUUUCAUGCUUACUGGAGAUAAAACCAAAAGUUGCCUGGACAGAUCAAGCUAUGCAAAGAACCAAAUACACUUUGCCGAACUUAUGUCUAAGUUCCAGGAUCUGUCAUCCUUUAGUUUCAGGAUAUCUCUGAAUAAGGAGGAAGCCUGCCCUUUUCUUUCUGACAGAUCAAGUUUGGAUGAAUCUGAAAGAGAAAUGUCUUCUGACUAUAGUGAAGACAUACAUCUGAUGCUUCCUAGCUUUGAUCCAUGAUUUUUCUCAGGCUUGCUAAAGAUUGGCUCUGGUUUAAAAUUUGUAUUAGGUAUCUUCUAUCACCACACCCCGCUUGAUAAUUUCUUUGUUUUGCUUUUGAUAGGCAUUACUUCUGGCUAAGUUUUAGAUGAGUGUUGCACUUGUAUCACAUUUUAGAGGGACUCGAAUGUUCAUAUGCUUUGCAGUUCUAAUCAUAGUCCAAAUAGCAUGACAACUGAGAGCAUGUGAGCCUUUUCUAGCCCGUCAA